CACAUUUUCUCUGUCAAAGAUCAAGAUUUCCUGCUGAUCUCACUUCAGCAACCCCAGUCUCUGCUCUAGAGGUUCUGAAUCCUGUUCCCUGGGAAACCCAACAGAACCCUGGACUGGGGAGAGGAGAAGAAGCCUGCCUUUAAAGUUGAGCCUCCUGGAGAGAUGCAGAGUCUCAGGCCUGAGAAGAUGCAGGGGCUGCUGUCUCGGGAGGGCAGGACCUGGGAGAAGCGUGCUGCCCUCACCAAGGACUGGGUGGCUGUGGAGGUUGGGGCCUCCGGCUGUGACAGUGACAAGAAAGAUGAGGGGCAGAGGUCCUACCUACCUUCUCCCGAGACGGGGCAUCCCCAGGAGUGGAGCUCGGUGGAGGAAGACGAUGAGUCAGAGGACUCCCAGGGCUUUGUGGAGUGGUCAAAAGCUCCGCAACAAAUGACCAUAGUCUUGGUAGUGUGUGUGCUUUUUUUGUUCCUGGUUUUAACAGGGAUGCCUAUGAUGUUUCACAUUUAA